ACUCCACCUCCGAGGAGAUAAGAAUAGCGUUAUUUUAAACACGCUUAGCCCUCGUUUAUCAUUGUUAUGGAUACCGACGAGAUCCUGGAAGAAAUAGGAAGUUAUGGACUCUUUCAAAAGCGAAAUUCUUUAAUUCUUGGCCUCAUAAUUUUCGUGCUGACCUUCCAAACGGUCUCCAUGGUGUUCAUCGGAGGUGAACCAAGAUGGCGUUGCAAAGCAAACAGCCCUAUUUGUACACAGAAUGAAACAUUGAGCCCAUACGACGACUUUUACGAAGCCAGAUGCAACAUGAGUACUGACGACUGGGAGUUUACCACUGAGUUUACAUCCAUCAUCACUGAGUGGAAUCUGAUUUGUGGAGGGGAAUAUUAUGCCAGCCUGUCACAAUCCAUACUGUUUAUUGGGUGGAUUCCAGGAGCAUUUAUUAUUGGAAGACUGUCUGACCAGUUUGGUCGCAAACAAGUUCUUUUUCCUGCUGUUUUUUUUGUCACUGCUACUUCACUGGCAAGUUCCUUUGUUCCUGUUUUAUGGCUGUUUUUGACUCUAAGGGGAAUAACAGGGUUCUUUCAAGGGGGGGUUUAUAUAACCCUCUAUGUACUCACAACAGAGUUUGUUGGACCGAAACACCGAAGUAUAGCUGGGACAGUGGUUUGGAUUUUCUACACUUCUUCACUGAUUAUCCUGAGUGGAUUGGCAUAUGGAAUACGUGAAUGGAGAACUCUUUCAAUUGUUAUAUCAGCUCCUGGAUUUGUACUAUUAAUAUUAUGGAGGUGGGUGCCUGAAUCUUGUCGAUGGCUAAUAGUUCACAACAGAAUGAGUGAAGCAAGGAAGGUGUUUUCAUUGAUUGCUACCAUAAAUAAUAAACAACUUCCCACUGAGAAACUUACACUUGCAGAGAAUAAUCACGACGCUGUAGAGGAAGGUGGAUUUUUGGAUUUGGUUCAUACCAGGGCCCAGGGUUUAAGGACUGCUAUUCUUUGGUUUGCAUGGUUUACUAAUUCCAUGGUUUAUUAUGGAGUACUGCUGAGUGUUGGAGUGCUGGGUGGAAGUCUUUACCUGAAUUUUUUCCUCACAAGUGCCAUUGAUAUUCCUAGCAACUUUUUUGUUAUUUGGUUCAUGAGUUGGGAAAAAGGAAUGUUUUGUAAAAGUUUUUAUGGUAGAAAAAGAGCUUUAAUCCUUUGUAUGAACCUGGCAGCAGUGUUCUGUAUCACUGUAUCCCUUAUUCCUCCAGAAUCUGAUCCAGGUACCACAGCUGCACGUGUCAUUUUCACAGUCCUUGGAAAGUUCUGCAUCAAUGCAUCAUUCAGCACAAUUUACAUUUUCUCUACAGAGCUCCUUCCCACAGUCAUCAGGAAUGUGGGAAUGGGAAGUAUGGCUGCAUUUGAUCAGAUUGGUGCUAGCAUCGCUCCAUUUGUGGUUUUACUGGAUAAAACUCAUCCCGUAAUCCCAUUUGCUGUGAUGAGUGGCUUUGCUUGUUUUUCUGGUUGCCUUUGUGGUCUUUUGCCGGAGACUCUUGGACGGCGGACCUUGGAGACAUUAGAGGACAUGUCCGAUUCGUCUCCACAUAACAAACUGGACAACAGCGAUCAGAGUGAAGAACAUCUAACUUCGUCGGUGUAAAACUUCCGUGUCUGGGCACAGGGAGCCCAGACAAGCGACGAGUCUGGUUGUUUAUUCGAAAUAUAAAGGAAUGUAUGGGAGAA